AUGAAAGCACUGAAAGCCAAGUGCGUAUUGCAGCAGCAAGGAUGUGUUUUCAGAAGACAACUACAUAUAUGUCUUACUGGUAUCGGCAAUCCAGAGCCUCAGUAUCAAUUUACCCGCCAUAAUGCAGGCCUUGUCCUUUUGGAUAUGAUUAAAGAACACUAUCUGCCAAACCACCCCUGGAGGCAAUGCACCAUCCCAAAGGUUGCUGCAAAGUUUUGCCACGACAUCAAAAAUGAUAUGCUCUUUCUCAGGUCUGACGGAGACUACAUCAAUCGCAGUGGCCACAACAUCCUGCCGAUUUGGAAAAAAGUGGUUCCAAUAAAAACUUGUUUUGUGGUCCACGAUGAGUUAUCACUACCAUUUGGCAAGGUGCAGCUGCGUCUACCUGGACGCAGCAUAAGAGGACAUAACGGUCUCAGGGAUAUCGUGGCCAAGGUUGGCCCUCAUAUCCAAUUCCAUUGCUUAGCAAUUGGAAUUGGCAGACCAGCAUCACGUGAUCCAGAAACUGUUGCACAAUACGUAUUGCAGCGUCUCACCACAGAGGAGCUUGCUACACUGAAGCAGUUAGCUCUGCCGGCAGCGCUGCAGAAAAUGCGCCACUUGGCAUUCCCUGGCCAUCGAUCUGUGUAG